UCAAAUAAGACGGGAAGAAAUCAGCUGAUAGUAGUUGUUUCCCUCAGUAUAAGCUUCUGCUGCCAAACGCUCUUCAUUGAGCCUUACUUCCAUUAUGUUUCGUUCAGGGACUCAUGUUAAGAGAAUAUCCACACGAAAGAACACACAUUUACAAAUCCCAACACGUCCAACACGACCAACACAUCCUUUCUUGCCCAGAGUCACCAUUUCUAAUACAUGCUUGGAGUGGCAGAGUUUAAAAGCUUGCUCAACGAAAUGUUUUUCGACGCGAACUAAGGCCAGAGGAAGGAAAGGAGCAGUGUGGCUGGGCGCGGCCGGUGCGUGCUGCCCUCUCGCCAUUGCCAGCUGAGCCAGUGUUCCUCCGGGCCCUUGUGAACAUGGUGACAGUGGCUCAGGAGCUCUCGGAUUUAUCCACCUAAUCUGACGCUAUAUUGAAUUCCAGAGGAUAUAUACAAUAAUGAGAUAAAAGUAUACAUAUUCGAUAUUGUUUGUGUGUGGAGACUCGAGGUGCUGGUGAAGCAGGAUGGAGUUAAGGGUUGGCAACAAGUACCGUCUUGGACGGAAGAUAGGAAGUGGAUCCUUCGGUGACAUUUACUUAGGCACGAACAUAUCGACAGGCGAAGAGGUUGCUAUAAAGCUAGAAUGCAUCAAAACAAAACAUCCUCAGUUACACAUAGAGUCAAAAUUUUAUAAGAUGAUGGCUGGCGGAGUAGGCAUCCCAGGAAUCAAGUGGUGCGGGUCGGAAGGUGAUUACAAUGUAAUGGUAAUGGAGUUAUUAGGACCAUCGUUAGAGGACCUCUUCAACUUCUGUUCUAGGAAAUUCUCACUAAAGACAGUUUUGCUUUUGGCAGAUCAGCUUAUAACAAGGAUAGAAUACAUCCAUAGCAAGAAUUUCAUCCACCGAGACAUAAAGCCAGACAACUUUCUAAUGGGCUUGGGCAAGAAGGGGAACCUUGUUUAUAUCAUAGAUUUUGGACUAGCAAAAAAGUACAGAGAUUCACGCACACAUCAACACAUACCAUAUCGGGAAAACAAAAAUUUAACUGGCACAGCUCGGUAUGCCUCAGUCAACACUCACCUUGGAAUUGAGCAGAGCAGAAGGGAUGACUUGGAAAGUCUAGGGUAUGUUUUGAUGUACUUCAACAGAGGCUCUCUACCGUGGCAAGGCCUCAAAGCAGCAACAAAACGACAAAAAUAUGAAAGGAUCAGUGAAAAAAAGAUGCAGACGCCCAUUGAGGAACUCUGCAAAGGAUUUCCUAAUGAAUUUGCAACGUACCUGAAUUUCUGCCGGUCUCUGAGGUUUGAAGAAAAGCCAGACUACAGUUACCUAAGGCAGCUCUUCCGCCAGCUCUUCCAUCGUCAGGGUUUUACAUAUGAUUAUGUCUUUGACUGGAAUAUGCUCAAAUUUGGCGGAUCUCGAAAUCAAGAAAAUGAGGUUGAACGAAGAGAUCGUCAGAGCAGCAGACCUCAAGCUACAGGCGCUACAUCUCGGAUGCGACACGACACAACCGUCGGGGGUGUUUUGCCCUCCCCAACAGCGGGUGUUGGAAGGUUGCGAUCAGGUAGUGAGAGUGAACAACGUGUUAGUAUGAGAAUGCAUCGUUCAGGGACUUCCAAUGCCCAAACGCCUGAGCUUUCUCGCCCUGCUGAUCGUUGCGUAGAGGAAUGGGCAAACAGUGUUAGUCCUCCUGUCUCUGGAGGUGUGAUUCGUCGAGGGUCUGCAGGCAAGGAGGGAACCUUUCGUUAUCCAGCAAAAAAAUGAGGACGAGAUUGAAAACCUAGCUGGAUUGAAGUGAUAUAAAGCAGUGUUCUACAUAAUACAGUAGAAAGCUGUUGCUUUAUAGUGGUAUAUCCCACAAUUUUAGGACUGAAAGAAACAUGUGAUGGGCUUUCAUGUGCAGCAAAUAGUUGUAUUGACACUUACUCAUGGAGUGCAAGUGACGUGUUAGUCAGCUGUGAAAACUUUUUAUGUGUCUGCAAAGCUCAAGCUAAUUUGCAGACAGGUAAACUCUAUAGGAUGUGGUGAGACAAUGUAGACUGGAAGCCAGGGCCUUAAUAAAUAGUAUUUAUGGAAUUCUCUAAUACUGUAUAAACUCCACUUGAGAUUUUAAUGGCAACAAGAUGCAUUGAAUGCACAUUUUUUUUAGUUAUUAGCAAUGAUUGUAAUUGAAUAUAAAUAUCAAAGGGAUCAACAGUUUGUAUUGUCCUUGAUGUGAUUUGUUAUUUUGCUUGUUUUAACACAAAUGGACAUUUAACUGUUCUUUUAUGCCUACUUUAGUGGACAUAUGUUACUAAGUUGUAUUUCAUCAGUACUAUUGAUCUCAUUGCCUGCAGGUUUUAUGGGGGCAUCUUUUAUAGUAAAAAUAUUGUGUUGACUUUUGAAAUAAUCAGACCUCAUUGACAGUAUAUAUUUGAUUUUAAAAGAAUAGGAUGAAGAAAGAUCAAUCAAAAGUUUGAACAUUUUAGCUUUCAGUUUAAUAAAAAAGCAAUUAGUUACAUGUGUCGGUGGAAAAUGUAAACAGUGAUGAAAGUAAAGUCUCUUUAUUUGUGAUGGAAGUGAUAGGCAUAGGAGUUGGAGAAAAUAAUCAUUUGAAAUGGCUCAGAGCAAAAAUAAACUUUUUUUUCUGCUUUCUGUCAUAGAUUUUCAUUACAGCAUAUCAUUGCCAUUUUGAUAACUGUAAAGUAAUGAUAAAAAGUUUCUGCUUGAGGAGCAAGUCUUUUUUAAUAUGAUAAGUGCUUUAGGCAGUGAGUAGGGGAUGUGACCUUGUGAUGUUCAGCAUCCUGUUUUCUCAUUAUGAUUUUCUAGCUAUCAUUUAAGACUCAUAUGUAAACUUUCCUGUAGAAAGCAACUAUGUAUGGCAAAUUUUAAUGCCUAAAAGGGUAGAAGUGGUUCUUCAUCACUGACAAUACUCUGACUUGGAGAGAAGGUGAUUGGCUUACUGUUGAACUACAAAAUAGCCAUAUAUCACUCACUCAUAACCAUCUGUGCAUUUUAUCAUUUUUAUCAGAAAAAUAGAAAUUUAUAGUCCUGCA